CAGGCCAGUGACAAAACCAGCGCGUGUUGCUGCAACCACGCCCGUCAGCAUGACAUGGUGCGGAACGGCAUGGCCUAGGCUCCACGAAACAAGGGCUGUACAUGCGAUGAACGGUUCCCCUAUAAGAGGUUAAGCAGAGCCCUUUACGGCGCACCUGGGACCAUGGCUAUGCUUGGAGAUAUCUAGCUGCUUGAAAAUUGUUCGAAUUCGUCAACCAAGAUGUUCUCGCGUUCCAACCGCAUAGCGUGAGUUUGGCUUUCUCGAUCCGACCGGAGCCAACGACGCCAUGACAGAUCUCUCGCAUGCAACCGUGCGACUUUCAGUUGAUGGCUCUGUCCUGGAAUACUCGUGGAGCGACUUUGCUGCGGCCAUGCAAGCGAAAUCCGUCAGCGCCACGAAUUCCACGACAUUGAACAGCUUUGCACUCCAAGACACCGUCGACGUCCUUUGGAUCCUCUCGUGCUCCAUGCAGAUCUUGUUGCAUCAAUUUGGCUUGUCCUUUCUCGCGUCCGCCGCCUCGCUGCCCGAUUCGAAAAGCACAGGUGUCAUCGCUGUGGCUGUGUUGCUGUCGUACUCGUUCGCAUUUGCCUUGUCGUUUGGCAACGGGUCAUUUCUCGGCCAAGACGGGUUUUUUCUUCUGGGUAUACCGCUGACCUCGCCCACUUGGGCCUUCUGGGUGCUGCAAUCGACGGGUGCACUGACCAUGACGUCCCUCGUCUACCACUCCCUCGCUCACCGCAUCGGCCGACGUCCUCUUUACUUGUACAUGUUGCUCCUCCAUGGCUUCGUGUCGCCAGUGCUGGUCCACGCGUUGUGGUCGUCCAGCGGCUUCGUCAGUAGUUCAAAUCCCCUCCCUUCUGCGUUCUACGGUUCUGCCGUCGUCGACUAUGCGGGAGCGAGCUCGCUGCAUAUAUGCGCUGGCAUGGCCGUGUUGGUGGCGUCUUGCUUUUCCAGAGAUGAUGUACCCGCGUCUUGCAACGCACCCCCCGUCGAACGUUUAUCUGCGGACGUCAUGGGAGAUAGGUCGGCCAAAGCGCAUCCGUCAGCAACGGCGCCGUCGAGUCCCGUCGAUCGCGAGUCAUCGCUCAACCACUCGAUCGGAUCGUUUCUUGUAUUUGUUGCGCAUUUUGGAUUGAUUCACUUGUCGUCGCCCACGUUGCGCGGCAAUUGCCCCGACGUCGUCAUGGCGUCGUGCGUCAACUUGGCACUGAGUGCCGCAGCCGGCAGCGUCGUGUGCUCCAUUCUAUCGCUCUACUUCCCAACCAACCACCCCAUGAACCACGGGCUCCUCGGCGGCCUCGUCGCCAUGUCAGCGGCGGCGUCCACGGUCCUAGCUUCUCAUGCUGUUGUGAUCGGUGCGAUUUCGGGCCUCGUUUUUGUCGCCGUGUCGACAUGGACCCGACAUGGCCGCUUGAACGAUGCGUUGGAUGCAAUUGCAAUCCACCUUGGCAAUGGCAUCUGGGCCGUUGUCGCGGCAGGGAUGUUUAGCUACGGUGACCGCAUCGCGCUUGCGAAUACUUGCACGUUCGCCGCGGCAACAACUCCUGCCCUUCGUCGUGUCAAUGACACAUCGCUGAACCGUCUCAAUAAAACUGGUGGCUGUGAGCACUCGAUGUGGGAAGGCUGUGGACGGCAAAUCGGUGCGAAUAUCGUGUGGACGAUUGUUGUCUUGUUGUUUGUCAGCUUCAUGUGCUCGUUGGUUUGUGUGCCGCACUACCUCAAAGGGCGGUGGGCUGCCACGUCGGACACGUAUCCACCAUUGCCGUUCGAUCCGUUGUACGACGUCGACGAGUUUUGCCCCACCGACGAUGACAACGCGACUCCGUGGAGCUACCACGUUGGUGUGCAAUCGCCCCGUGGUCAACCCGCCGUCCAUGGUAUGUCUCCGGCCGGAAGUUCUCCUUCAAGUGACGGCAUGUCGAGCCCUCUUGCCCUUCUCUGCGGCGACCCCCUACAAUCCAGCAUCGAACGUCGUUACCGAUUCAGUCUGUCGACGUCGUACCCAUCGAAUGCGGCGAUUUCAAACCACGGACCGUCCUCGACAAUGUCAUAGCAUCGCUCCAUUUGGAACUGCAGCGGAGCAUCGUGUGCCGUUGGUAGAUCCACGUAUCGGCUGAAAACGCCUGCGGCGAAUGUCAUCGAUGAAGAGUUGGCGAGUCCGGUUGUCCACAGGAUUUUUGCCGCCAUGACUGCCAAAAAUACAUAUAGUCUCGACACAGGCUUUGACGCACGUGGAGUCUCCUGGGUGCUCAUCGCAGCCGUUUACUCCCUGGAUGAUGCCAACCCUUCCGUCGUGGGAGCGUGCUGAACGCUGAACCGCUCGCGAUACGCCUUGACGAGAUCGUUUCGGACGCUACUGGAAGACGCCACAUGUACACAUGCACCGAUGUCCCAUGAGAAUGGAAUCUCCUCGCUCGUAUGUGUGGCAUGUCGAUCG